GGGAAGUACGAGGUUGGCGCAUGAGUGCUGCCGCCAGUGGGUGCGUCCAAUAAUGACUGGGGGAUCCCGGCAAGUAACAUGACCAAAAAGAAGCGGGAGAAUCUGGGCGUCGCUCUAGAGAUCGAUGGGCUGGAGGAGAAGCUGUCGCAGUGUCGCAGAGACCUGGAGGCUGUAAACUCCAGGCUCUAUGGGGCGGAGCUGAGCCCAGAGGCCAGGAAGUCUCUGGAGAAGGAGAAAAACCACCUGAUGAGCAAAGCCUCCAACUACGAGAAGGAGCUAAAGUUGCUUCGGCAGGAGAACCGGAAAAACAUGCUGCUGUCUGUGGCCAUCUUCAUUCUCCUGACCCUCAUCUACACCUACUGGACCAUGUGAGCCUGAGAUUUCUCCAGUCUGCACAGGCUUCCCCUUGGCCCCCUGGUCACCACCAACCAGGCCAUAAGCCUCAAGACAACCAAGGUACAGGAGCAUUUCUCCCCAACCCAGACACUGGAGCAGGGCCUCCUGUCAGCCCAGCCCCUCUCGCCUCCUGGUUCUGCUGUGGGGCCUGGGUCUCCAGAAGGACUGUGUGCUGGUUCCUCCCUCAGCCCAAGGGAAAGGCAAUAAAGAACAGCCAGGCUGCUCCCGUCUGCUGAGUAAA